CACCGCAUCGCGCCAUCGAGAUUGUUGCAUCGCGCCAUCCGGAGCCAUGUUGCUUGGGUGCCUGAUCGCCACGCUGGGCCUUGUCCUUGGAUGUGAGGAGGAGUUUCUGAUGCAGACCCAACUGUUGCAGGUGAAGACGGAACUGCUACCGAAGGAGAGCUCCAAUGUCACAGUGCAUUUCUAUCACAGGCACUUGGAACAAUGGAGGACUGGGCCUGUGGACAAGAUCGUGAAAGCCCUGGAGUGGGUGAAGAACUUCUCGGAGAUACGUUUGGACAUCCGUGACCGUGAGAACCACUCGGUGGAUCUGGAACACAUGGAAAGUGGAAAGACGUACACCAUCCAUGGGACGGAUCCGCCGGGGGAUGCUUGAGGCAUGGAAUGAACAGUCGCAGAAGCCAAAGGAUCCCAGGCGACCAGGGAGAUGAUGCAAACAACGCCAGCUGGCACCCAGCUGACGUCAGCUGCACCUCGCCGCUGGAGACCGACCAUGAAAAAAACGAUGGCGCGCCUGGUGGGGGUUCACAAGUGACAAUGAAGUGGAACAGUCGCGGGCUUCAGCAGGUGGAGGUCAUGGAUUUCGC